AUGGCUCUCUGGCUUCAUGAGCGCAAAAAGUAUCUUCUUGAGUUGAUCAGACUCGAAGGACGUGGGGACUACACAUCCAGGGAAACUUGCCAAGGGCACAGCGAAUGCGCAUCUGAGCCUGGAUAUCAUUGCUGGGAUUGUUUUGGGACAGAGCUCUACUGUCAAGGGUGUAUCGUGAACAGGCACUGCGAAAACCCUUUGCACAAGAUCGAAUUCUGGAAUGGUUCUUUCUUCGAGGAUACCACACUCAAGUAUCUCAGACUCCGUGUCCAGCUUGGCCACCCAGUUGGCGAACAAUGUUUCAACCAUUCCCGUGCCUACAAUGAUGAUUUUAUCAUUCUCGACAUUAAUGGUAUCCAUGAACUCGCCUUAGAUUUUUCUCGCUGGUAUCCUGCGACCAGCAUAGAUCCAAAAUCAGCGGCAAUGUUCCAUCUUCUCGAGCAUUUCCACAUGCUUAUGUUCGAGUCCAAAGCCUCUGCCUUCGAAUAUUGGCAAACACUGGCAUGUCUUACCGAUAAUACAGGCAUCAAGCCAUGCAAGGAUCGUUAUGACAGUCUCUUGUGCAUGAUCAAACAAUGGCGUCAUGACCCCGCUGGCAUCAAUGCGACUGAACAGGGGUCAUGUGCCGUGGUUUGUCCUGCCUGCCCCCACCCAGGCAAGAACUUACCAGAAGACUGGAAAGUAGCGCUUCCGGACAAAUGGUGGCUGUAUGCACAAUUUCUGGCCAUUGAUGUGAAUUUCUGCUUGGCACGUAAGAAUGUUUCCUUGGACAGGAUUGACCCUGGUUUGAGUAGAGGAUGGGCUUAUUUCGUUGAGGAGACUGGGUUCAAAGGAUUCCUGACCGAUGUUGGGACAGUACCACAAGAGAAAAGCACAUGUGCUAGUCACAAUGCCGUGAAUCUUGCUGAAACGAAGAACUUGCGAGGAUUGGCUGCAACUGGAGCUGGGACUGUGGAUUGUUCUCGUCACAACUUCAAGCGGCCAUGUGGGGUGGGUGACCUUCAGAAGGGUGAAAAGUAUAUCAACAUGGAUUACUUGUUUUUGUCGACCAUGCAACAUUCUGAAGAUAUCAUCGUAUUGAACGUGUCAUACAAUAUUGCUUGUCGAUGGAGCAAACACCUAUGGGGCCGGAUGUCAAAAUACCCCUCACGCAUGCACUUCACGUGUGAUGGUAAAAUCAUGACCUUUCUUGUCCCGAAAUUCCACUUGCCUGCUCACAUCACUACUACAUGGGAGAUGGGUCCUGGAGCUCGUCAAGAUACACUGGAUGACCAUUUCGGCGACUACAAUUGGAAGAAAGUUACAAACUUUGGUGUUAGUUUGCUGAGCAAAAUCAAGGUUGCAAUUCCCGAACAUGACCGACACCAACAAGAUUUCGACGACUUUCAUGUAGCAGGGUGGAAAGAAGCUAUCAAAAACUGGGAGGCCGACACAUCCAACAAAAAUCCCUUCGAGACAACAACCAUCACCUUGACGCAGGCUGCUGUGCGCCUGAGACUCUCACAACAGGAAGCCGAAGACCUUGAAAGAGGUUUUAACAAAUCACUACACACGGAGGUGUUACACAGCAUACUCAUUUCGUCAGGAAUGGACCUCAAGGAACAACAAUUUCGGCUGCAGCAAGAUCACAAUGCCCUGAGUAGCCAUCCAACAGACUUGCAGCGGAUGAAGCUGCAAGAGCGUUUGAAUGCACUGCUGUGCAAGAUAGAUCAGUGGUGCAAUGUCCAAUUACUCUACAUGCCCGCUGUCAGUCGCUUGCGUGCAUCUGAAAUGGUAGGUGCACAAUCAGCUCACGAGGAGAAGGCCUACGAAGUCAAGCUUUGGCUACCAUCAAAGCUGAAGGAGGCAGCCGAGAUGUCGUGUGAUGAGCAGCUUUGUGAAUAUGAGUGGGAAUUGCGACGUGCACAGGCACACGAAGCUCUCAAUGACAUUUGCCAGCAACUCCGUCUUCACGCACAUCUCUACAAGUUCAAGGACACUUACAUUCGGGGGCAACGGGCCAAUACCAGGGCAUCUGCCAUGCUCGGAAAAGUGGAGCAGACCAUUGGGACAGCUGCUGCUCGGUAUCGUAGGGCCUGGGUGGCAGUCAAGACGCUGUCAACGGUGCUGGACAGACCGGAUUGGGAGGUAGAAUUGCCUCAGCUGCUGGCGGCUGAUGUUUGCGGGAUGUCAGAGGGAGAUAUUGGCCAAUCCGAGGGAAACCACACACUUUUGUGGAUAUGGAAGGCUCGUGGGGUGGCUGCAAUUGGAGAAGAUGGCGAGGCUGUUUUAUCAGAAGCUUUGCGUAUCAAAUGGUGCAAAUCAAGGGCGCGCGCCAAUUGUUGGGAUGAAGAAGUCGAACUCCUUCAAGAGGAGAUGCGGCAUGUAGUCAGCUUUCUUUCGUGGCACGCAGGGUGGUGGGAGGAGCAAGCAAGCUGGAGGAUGGCACUAGCCACACCCGAACAGGAGGGUGUCCGUGGAUAUGCAAGGCACCAGGCUGCUCUUCGGAGGGCCAUGUGA